CGUGAAUUCCCGCUCCUCCUUUCACCACCGCCUCGAGGAGAAUCGCUUCCUCUGCAUACUGGCGAGGCGGAGAAGCAGGAAAGAGCUGCGUUUUCGGACAGACGAUCUGACACCGAGAGUGAGAGGGAGUCUGGCCGAGCAUCCCUCAGGAUGAAGAAAAGCAGGAGUGCACACGGGGUUACGCCAGGCGAUGAGAACAAGGAGCCCCCCGUGGGACAGUUCUCCACCGGCUGCACCCUCGGGGUCGAGGUGUGCAAAGUCCACAGGCGGUUCUCUGGCAACCUGCAGCUGCCUCCGUUGUCAUGGCGACAGGCAGAAAAGGAGAGCUACAGGACCAGGCCGCUCACACCAGAAGAAGAUCCGGUGACCCGAACCAGACCCACGAGCCUGCCCAUCGCCUCCCUGCCUCGCAUCGACAUCACGCAGGCCGACCCUGACAGCUUUGAAGUGGAGAAUGGCCCGUCGUUGUGCUGCAGUCCUUCAGACCCGCAGGCGUCCCCCGGUUCUGGUCUGGUUCUACACCCCAACCUGGCGGGCCACGGCCAGCGCCGAGAGUCCUUCCUGUACCGCUCGGAUAGCGACUAUGAAUUGUCCCCAAAGUCCUUGUCUAGAAACUCUUCCAUUGUUGGAGAAUUGCAUGGAGAGGACUUGAUUGUGACUCCAUUUGCUCAGGUUCUGGCCAGCCUUCGGACUGUUAGGAACAACUUCACCACCUUGACAAACGUGCAGUGUGCAUCUAAUAAGAGGUCUCCUGCUGCAAAUCAGCCCUGCGCCACCAAAGUCUGUCUGUCUGAUGAGUCCUACCAGAAGCUGGCUAUGGAGACCAUGGAGGAGCUGGACUGGUGUCUGGACCAGUUGGAGACCAUCCAGACCUACCGGUCUGUCAGCGACAUGGCCUCUAACAAGUUCAAGAGGAUGCUGAACCGGGAGCUAAGCCACCUGUCUGAGAUGAGUCGCUCAGGCAACCAAGUGUCAGAGUACAUCUCCAACACCUUUCUAGACAAACAGAAUGAGCUGGAGCUUCCGUGUCCAGUUCCAAAGUCGAGGGAAAGGAAGAGGAGGCAGGGCCAGCAGCAGCAACAGCAGCAGCAGCAGCAGCAGCAGAGCGGGAUGAUGACACAGAUCAGCGGGGUGAGGAAGGUCAGCCAUACGUCCAGCAUCUCUGGAAGCAUCCAAAAUCGCUUCGGGGUCAAGACAGACCAGGAGGAGCUGCUGUCGAAGGACCUGGAGGACAUCAACAGAUGGGGACUGAAUAUCUUCAAAGUGGCUGAACACUCCCACAACCGGCCGCUCACAUGCAUCAUGUACACCAUCUUUCAGGAGCGAGACCUGAUGAGGACGUUCAAGAUUCCGACAGACACCUUUGUGACGUUCAUGCUGACCUUAGAGGGCCACUACCACUCCGACGUGGCCUACCACAACAGCCUGCACGCCGCCGACGUGGCCCAGUCCACUCACAUCCUCCUGUCCACUCCCGCGCUGGAUGCCGUCUUCACUGAUCUGGAGAUCUUGGCGGCCAUUUUUGCUGCGGCCAUUCACGACGUGGACCACCCAGGAGUGUCCAACCAGUUCCUCAUCAACACCAACUCUGAGCUGGCUCUGAUGUACAACGAUGAGUCAGUGCUGGAGAACCACCACCUGGCCGUGGGCUUCAAGCUGCUGCAGGAGGACAACUGCGACAUCUUCCAGAACCUCACCAAGAAACAAAGGCAGACGCUCCGGAGGAUGGUCAUAGACAUGGUUCUGGCGACCGACAUGUCGAAACACAUGAGUCUGCUGGCCGAUCUGAAAACGAUGGUGGAGACCAAGAAGGUGACCAGCUCCGGUGUCCUGCUGCUGGACAAUUACACGGACAGGAUGCAGGUUCUGCGUAACAUGGUCCACUGUGCCGACCUGAGCAACCCCACCAAGCCUCUGGAUCUGUACCGGCAGUGGACCGACAGGAUCAUGGACGAGUUCUUCCACCAGGGAGACAGAGAGAGGGAGAGGGGGAUGGAGAUCAGCCCCAUGUGUGACAAGCACACCGCCUCAGUGGAGAGAACUCAGGUUGGCUUCAUCGACUACAUCGUCCAUCCUCUGUGGGAGACGUGGGCUGACCUGGUCCAUCCCGACGCCCAGGACAUCCUGGACAUGCUGGAGGACAACAGGAACUGGUACCAGAGCAUGAUCCCACAGAGCCCGUCUCCUCCCUUCUACACCAGCGACGGAGAAGGAGGCCCACACGGGCAGGUGGAGGGGGGACCCGUGGCGAGUAAAUUUCAGUUCGAACUGACGCUGGACGACCAGGACGGACAGGGUGAAGACGGCGGCAUGAUGGACACAGCCGAGGGAUGCGACGACGUGACGCUCCGAGAUCAUCCCUCCGACGAGGACAGGGUAGAAAUGACGACGCGCGACGUCUCCCCAGCGGAAACAUAGCUGAACUGGUGGUGCUUUUGGAGCUGCAGCAGCAGAUUUUGCUGAUUUAAUUUUUUAUUGCAGUGGAGAAAUCCUGCAAUCUGGAGCUGCCUGGCUCAGAGGGCCUGACUGACUGUGGGGCAGCCCUGCAAACGAGGCUUGGAAACCCUGCGGCAGUUUGUUUUUGAGCCCCCAAGAAGGGAGCCUGAAGAGUGUAGCCUCUGUUCUUUAAAGAAGGGACGACUGUGAGGCUGAGCUGAAUCUGGGUUCUUCCAGACAAAGAAUGUGAAGUGGACGGUAUGAAUCCGUGUACUGGGACAAGGAACAAUUCCAAACUUGCACUUCAGGACAUUUUUUUUUUUUGUUCAUUUAGAUUCUUUGUAAUGUGUCAAGCCUGGAUACCAUCUGGUCGUGUCCAACCAAAACUACUGGUCAACCAAGUAGUUUUUUUUUAACACUUGUCUAAGAAAAAGUUGUGUGCCUUUUCUUUUUCUUUUUUUUCUUUUUACAAUCGUGUCUUUUUGUAAGCGUUUUUAUAAUUUAUUGAGCACAUUCAUGUAGCUGUAAAACGUGUCCAGUUUUCUACAGAGAGGACACACUCGUCUCACACAGUCUUCCUAAUGUUCUGGCAAUAGUACAAGCUCGUUUUCACAAAAGUGGAUGUAUUUCUAAAAAUCAGUUGACUUCCCAGCACAAUUUGCACUUUGUGGCAUUCGGUAAAACGAAGAGAGCGUGGAAACCAUCAGUAGACAUCACCGACACGUCAAACCAAAUAAUGAUUUUAGCAGAUUCAUCCAAAUAUUUUUUCCCAAUAAUUCAUUUGAAUGAAAUAAUUUUGUAGGUCCUUCAAAGUCCAAAAACAUUUUGUAUUCCAAAAGGAAAUCUUGUAAAGAAAGCACUUUGAUGAAUUCACUGCCACCUCUCAGUCGCUGCUGUGACAAGUCAGACUUCCAGAGAUCAGAUCGAUUCCUCACGUCUUCCUGCAGCCCGUCGGAGAGUUCACACAGCCGACUAUAUCCCCCCCUCCGCCCGACGUCAUCCCAGAUAAAGUUUUAAAAUCCCUCCUUUUGCCCCGAGCUCUUCCACGUCGGAAAAACUGUUCCCACUCUGUAAUUCCCCCCGUUCUCAUCCGCUCACACACACCUGUUGUGGUUAACAGCAUUCCGUUGUCGUGAAUACGCUUCACGCCCGUUUGAACGACUGUGAGACUGUGUGCACACGUUGAACGGACACCUGUUAGUGAUAGAAGAAUCGUGUCUCCUAGUUUUUAUUGCAGCACUUUGAAUACACGUCGACAGUUCUGCAGCUGGUUGCUGAUCUGUCCAACACUACCUGUAAGGUACCACGUCGUAUGUAAGGGGGAUCAAUGAGGGGAGGUCAUGACAUGAUGUUCCUCUCCCGUGUGUGUGUGUGUGUGUGUGCGUGUGUGUGUGUGUGUGUGUGUGUGUGAGUGUGCGUGAGUGUGUGUGUGACUGUGUGUGUGUGUAUAUAUGGUCACAGUCGCACAAUCUUGUUGCACCCAGCUGUGUUGUGCCGACCCUGAAGCUGUUUGUAACAGUGUAUUUAUUACCUUCUCCUUGUAUAUGAUAAUAUUGAUCGAUAAUAUUCACUGUAUAUUUGGUAUUAUUUAUAUGCACUACCACGUGUCAAAUCACACUUUUGACUGAACUCGUCUGGUGGUUCGUCUGUUUUCGGCGAGGCUAUUUUGCUAAAGGACCAUAACGUGAAGUUAUGCAGGUCGUUUUUGACAAUUUAAAAAAAAUGUUUGAAAUUUCCAGCCACAGAUGUUUGUACAGAGUAAACCAACAACGCCUCACGUGAGGUGCAGCAGAAGCUUUUUAAGUCUUUGGUUCCUGGCGGAUUACGAAGGCUGGAUAUUUACUGGAGCAUCUUGUGUACGGUGACGGGUCAUUGUACAGCGAUAGGAAUAUUUGCUGAAAUAUAUAGCAUUGUUUCAAAUGUAUUUUUUCAGUGUUUUCCUCACAGUAUAUGGUAAAAUGGUGUAUGUUGUGCUCAACAAAUGUUUUCUAUCAGAUUAUUAAAAUGGGCAUGUAUAACAGAA